AUGGCCUCUGGAAGCGACAGGGCCGCCGUCGCAUCCGGCCUCGACGUCGGCGACGCGGCCAGGCGACGCAAUAUUCCCGGCACGCCGCAACAGGCUGCCGUUCCGCAACCCCAGGUCGUUGAUGACAAGAAGGCAAAGAAGGCCCCAUCGUUCCUCGGGGUGCUCGACCAGUGGGAAUGGGUUAUCGCCCCCGUUAUCUUCACCGCGCUGGCCUUCUUCACCCGUUUCUACAAGAUCGGCCUGUCUCCUAUCGUGACCUGGGACGAAGCCCAGUCACCCCCCGCCGGGAAACUCCUCGUCGGUCUCAGCGGAUACCUCGCCGGUUACAAUGGUUCCUUCGAGUUCAAGUCGGGAGAGACCUACCCAGAGGAGAUUAACUACACCUUUAUGCGCCAAUUCAACGCCUUCUGGGGCGCCGUCUGCGUGCCCAUGGCCUACUGGACCGCUAAGGAGCUCCAACUCAAGCGUGCUGCUGUCUGGCUUGUGACGCUCAUGGUGCUCUGCGAGAACUCUUACACCACAAUCAGCCGCUUCAUCCUCCUCGACUCCAUGCUCCUGUUCGGCACCGUCGCGACCACGCUUUGCUGGGCCAAGUUCCACAACCAGCGCAGGAACAGCUUCGAGCCUGAAUGGUUCUUUUGGCUGUUUAUGACUGGUCUUAGCAUCGGCUUCGUCACCAGCGUCAAGCUUGUCGGGCUGUUUGUCACCGCGCUUGUUGGUCUGUACACCAUUGAGGAUCUGUGGAACAAGUUUGGGGACACGAAGAUGCCGAUUACUGAAUUGGCUGCUCAUGUUGCGGCUCGCGUUGUCGGUCUCAUCAUCCUGCCCUUCCUCGUUUACCUGCUCAGCUUCGCCAUCCACUUCGCUGUGCUCACGAACAGCGGUCCCGGCGACGCCCAAAUGUCCUCUUUGUUCCAAGCUAAUCUCCGCGGUACCGAAGUCGGGAGGGACAGCCCGCUCGAGAUUGCUUACGGAUCGAUGGCCACGAUCAAGAACAUGGGAUAUGGCGGUGGUUUGCUACACUCACACGUCCAGACCUACCCCGAGGGUUCCGGCCAGCAGCAGGUGACGUGCUACCACCACAAAGAUGCGAACAACAAUUGGUUCUUCUACCCCAACCGUGGCGACACCCCCUACGACCCCGAGGCCGACCCCCGCUUUAUCGCCGACGGUGAGACCAUUCGUCUCCUCCACUCCCAGACCGGCCGCAACCUGCACUCGCACCAGAUCGCCGCGCCCCUCACCAAGUCCCACUGGGAGGUCUCCUCGUAUGGAAACGUGACGAUUGGCGAUAACAAGGACCACUGGAAGAUCGAGGUUGUCAGCGACGCCGCUUCCCGCGACCGCAGCAAGAUCCGCACCCUCACCACCUCAUUCCGCCUGAAGCACGAGGUCCUGGGCUGCUACCUCCGUGCUGGCAACGUCAACCUGCCGCAGUGGGGUUUCAAGCAGAUCGAGGUCACUUGCGCCAAGGAGAACAACCCGCGCGACACCUACACCCACUGGAACAUUGAGGCGCACACCAACGAGAAGUUGCCGCCCGGCGACCCCGGCCAGUACCGGUCUCCAUUCUUGAAGGACUUUAUUCACCUGAACGUCGCGAUGAUGACGUCCAACAACGCGCUGGUGCCGGACCCGGACAAGCAAGACGACCUCGCGUCACAAUGGUGGCAGUGGCCGAUCCUGCACGUGGGCCUGCGCAUGUGCGGCUGGGACGACAAAAUCGUCAAGUACUUCCUCCUCGGCAACCCGCUCGUAUACUGGGGCUCCACCGCGGGUCUGGGCAUCUUUGCCCUGCUGGUGGCCUGGUACACCCUGCGCUGGCGCCGCGGCUUCAACGAGCUGUCGCAGUUCGACAUCGACCAGAUCCACUACGCCGGCCUGUACCCCGUCAUCGGCUGGUUCCUGCACUACCUGCCCUUCGUCAUCAUGGCCCGUGUCACCUACGUCCACCAUUACUACCCGGCGCUGUACUUUGCCAUUCUCACCUUUGGGUUUUUGACGGACUGGUUCCUGAGGAAUCGCAAGGCGGCUGUACAGUGGGGUGCGUAUACCGUCCUGGAUGUGACGGUCAUUGGGCUGUACAUCUACUUUAUCCCGAUCUGCUGGGGUAUGGAGGGGUCGAAUCGGCAGUUUGGGUACAUGAAGUGGUUUGACUCAUGGCGCAUGUCGGAUGUGUAA